AAUUAGUUAAUUAGUUAGAAAAUAGCAAGAAGUAGUAAAACUUUGUAUACUAAGCUAAACCACUUCUAAUUAAGUUAAACUGCGGCGCCGCACAGGAGAAAUUGUUCUACCACCUAUACAUUGUUCAACUUUUUUGCUAUUCAUUAAAUCUGAUUUCUGGACGGUGAUGCCAAUUCGAAACCGGUUUCAGAAUCCAAACUUAAAUAAAAAUUCAGGGGGGGGGGGGGCUUAAUGUGAGUUUUAUCGGAUACAUAAGCCUAAAAUCAGUUCAGUGUCAAAUUUUUUUCUUUGUGGGUAACUGCCGCCGGUCCUUUAGUUGUAAUAUUGUAGACCUAAUUUUGUAUCUGAAAACUGUUGCAGUUUUAAUGUUUAGUGAAUUGUUAAAGAAGAUUCUACAAGUGUACCCUGAUGUUUGCAAUCUCCCAGCACACCUACAGUUUCAUGCUUGGAGAAAUAUAAACAAAAUUAUUAAAACCUAUUUUAGAUAUGAAGAAAAGAUUAAUUCUAAAGAUAAGAUAGCUUUCCUAACUUCAAUAUAUGAUGUCUCCCUAUCUGUUAGAUGUUUGUUUAAAGAGGAAACUUUCAAAAUAUUUCCAGUUAUAUCAAGUUCAGAAGAACUGGAGGGUUUUGUCCCUGAACAGCCCUGUAUUUUCUGCUCAGCAAAUAUUAAGGAAGGAGAACAGGUUUUGGUAACACUCUCCUCAGAAGACAAGCUGCCUUAUCAAGUUCAUGCAUUUUAAACUUUCCCUGUGAUAUCUGUGAUAAAUCGUUUAAGCUAAAGAUCAAACUGAAGGAGCACAUUAAAUCACUGCACCAAGAUUACAAGCACCCAUGUGAUCAAUGUGAAUAUACUACAACGGAGAAAGGGAAUCUAAAAAGACACAUGAGAACUAAGCAUGAAGGUGUAAGGUAUAACUGUGAUGAAUGUUCCUACUCUGGAUCUACGAACCACAAGGUGAAGCAGCAUAAACUUCUUGAACAUAAAGGAUUUAGAUUUAGAUGCCAGGAUUGUGAUUACAGUGCUAAAAGUAAACCAAACCUUAAUAAUCAUGUUAGGAUCAAACACCAAGGACAAAGGUUUUCUUGUGAGUAUUGUGGAGUUAGUUUUAAAUCUGAGAAAACCCUGGACCUUCAUAUUCUGGAUAAACAUCAGGAUAUUAAAGCUCAAUUUGAUCCCUUGGGAAAAUUUUCUUGUGAAGUUUGUGAAUUCUCGGUAGAAACAGAAGAGAUACUAAAACUACACAGAUUAAGGGAACAUGAUCGUCGAUCGAUCCUAUGUGAUCUCUGUGGAUUUUCCGGUAAAUCUCGUUCCCAGCUGCAGUACCAUAACCAGACUCAUCACAACGGUCAAAGAUUUAACUGUAUGGAGUGUGACUAUUCUGCAACAAAUCAAAGUAAUCUGAAUGCACACAUUAAGAUUAAACAUCAAGGAGUUCGGUUUCAAUGUGAUGAAUGUGAAUUUUUCUGCACUCAAAACAAUAUUUUAAAAAGACACAUUAAGAAGAAGCACCAAGGAGUAAUGUAUCCUUGUGGUCUUUGUGACUAUCAGGCGACUGAAGAACGGUUUUUAAAGAAUCACAAACAGAGUGAACAUCAGGGUAUACGCUACAGUUGUGAUACUUGUGUCAGCACAUUUAGGAGUUUGAAUAAUCUUCGUACGCACAAGGUCAACAAGCACAGUUUGACAGGCUCUUCAUGUUCUAUAUGUGGUCUUCAGUUUGUUAUAGGGAAACAGGUGAAAGAACACAUGAAAACUGAACACAAAUCCCAGUGUUUCCAAUGUGAUCAGUGUGAUUAUUUAGCAACAAGACAAGAUUCUCUUGUGAAGCAUAAAACAAAAGCACAUUGUUAAAACUGUCUUGCCAUUCUAGGUAAUUAAACACGAGAUGACUGAAAUUUGUGGAAAUAAAGCCUGUUAAAGGAAAUUGUUAAAUUUCUGAUAAAAAAGCAAAUGGGUUACAUUGGGGUCAGAAGAUGUGUCAGUUAGCCAAACAAUCCAGAGAUGACUUCAAGGAUGUACACGGGUUGGAAGAUUUAAGCCUCAAUAACUUUCCAGAAGAAAUUCGCGCCAACGCAUUUUUCGGAAUGUAUUAUUUUUACAAUAAACUUUCUUGCCUUUUUCCAAUAAAAUUUAAAUUUUGUAUGGCAUCGAACCUGGUCCUUGGAUUAUGGGUUUAAACCCUAUUUUUAUCAGAGCUUUCAAAAUAUGUGAGGGGCCCGAGGGACAUUUUUACCCGUCCUUUUCCCCGAAAGAUGUUGUGGACCAGUGACUCCCCAAUCGUUUAAAAACAUCGUAGAAAUGUCGAAAUAUAUUUACAGAAAAGUGGUCUCCAUUUUUAUUUUAUUAUGGAUUGUUGGUAUCUUCCAGAAUCCACAAACUAUAAGUUCUAUUGUUUCAGA